AGGGAUACGGCGCAGGGUGCGGGGUCGUCGCCUAUGAUCAGGUUCGCGCUCGUGAGCUAGGACUGAGCUGGCGUUGCAGGAUUUUGCGCGGUAUGGGAAUACUUUCAAUUUGGACUGGAAGGCAACGGCACGUGGUGUCGCACUUGGGAAAGCCAUCAGCGUUGUGCCAUUUUACUCGAGGUGGGGCUGCUUUCGUGGCUCCGUCGCGGCCAUUUUCCUUCCAAGGGCUUCACUCUGCAACUUCAGCUCAAUUUCACAAUGAAGGACAUUCUCAUCGCCGACAGGUACCGCGUUGACCGCAAGAUUGGCGAAGGAGGCUUCGGCCUUGUCUAUUCCGGGACCGAUCUCCAAUCGGGCGAGGAGGUCGCGAUAAAGCUCACAUUCGUUCGAGAUGAUAACGCCGAACUGCUCCGCAACGAGAAUUAUACGUACAAGGAGCUAUCCGGCGGGGUGGGAAUCCCGCAAGUGCGGUGGUUUGGAUGGGAGGGCGAUUUCUGCGUGCUGGUCCUUGACCUCCUCGGCCCGUCGCUCGAGGAUCUGUUCGAUUACUGCGACCGAAGAUUUUCGCUCAAGACCAUCCUCCUCAUCGCCGAUCAGGCCAUCUCCCGAAUCGAAUACAUCCAUUCCAAGGGCUUCCUCCAUCGCGAUAUUAAGCCGGACAACUUGUUGAUGGGGGUGGGCAGGCAGGGAAACACGCUCUACAUGAUUGAUUUUGGCCUCGCCAAGGAGUUUACCGAUACCGAGCGUUACAGAAAUGUAGAGGGUCUCCCACUAUGCGGCACCAGUCGGUACGCAAGCGUUAAUAAUCACAAGGGCCGUGGAUACUCUUGGGGGGACGACCUGGAGUCUCUCGGGUACAUCUUCGUAUAUUUCGCCCGCGGCUCUUUGCCGUGGCAAGGCCUAAAGACCGCAACGGACCAGGAGAAGGACGCGCGGAUGAAGGAGAUGAAGCAGAGGCUAUCGGGCGAGAAGCUCUGCGAGGGCGUCCUCCCUCAAGAAUUUGCCACGUACAUCAACUACACUCGGACCCUAGGUUUCGACAAGCCGGACUACUCGUAUCUUCGCCAGCUUUUCCGUCGCCUCUUUCGAGCAGAGGGGUUCAAACACGACCAUAUCUUCGACUGGACGGAGAAGAUGUUCAACGAGAUGCAGAGCAAAGCCAGUCCCAUGGUACCUUUGAUACAGACGCCACAGAGACGAGCUCCAAAGGCAAGGAAGUCGGGGAAAGGCAAACGACCGGGAACUUUGGGCGAGGGGAAAUAACUGUUUGCGAAAUUGACAUGUACACCUUCCUUUCCUCUCCUUCGCACAACAACGCAUAUCUUACCUACCCCUAACUCACUAUCACAUGCUCAAAAGCACGUAGCCCAGUAAUCGCUCGGAUAACCUUUUGUGUGUAACCAUCGAACAUUUCUGCUACAACUGCAUACGUCAUAGGGUAGGGGUCUAAAUUCCGCUAUACCGCUCGAAUCUGGAACUUCGCGAUUUCGUUGCAAUGGAGAACAUGGACACAGUCGAG